UUGCAGGGAGCCUUCUGCGACGCUCCUACCCGCAGCGGUGAACACGGAGCAACAUGGAGGUCGCUGAAGGUGUGAGUGCCGCCACGCCCACGGAGGAGAUGAAUGGUGCCGGGAACCUGAUGGACUUCCUGGAUGAGCCUUUCCCCGAUGUGAGCACGUACGAGGACUUCCACACCAUUGACUGGCUGAGAGAGAAAUCCAGGGACACAGACCGCCACCGUAAGAUCACCAGCAAGAGCAAAGAGUCCCUCUGGGAGCUGAUUAAGAGCCUGCUGGACGCCUGGUCGGGAUGGGUGGUGAUGCUGCUCAUCGGGCUCCUCUCAGGGACGCUGGCCGGCGUGAUCGACCUCGCCGUGGACUGGAUGACGGACCUGAAGGAGGGUGUGUGCCUCUCGGCGUUCUGGUACAGCCAUGAGCAGUGCUGCUGGACCUCCAACGAGACCACGUUUGACGACCGGGACAAGUGCCCACAGUGGCAGAAGUGGGCGGAGCUGAUGACAGGCCACGCCGAGGGAGCCGGAGCGUACGUGCUGAACUACUUCCUGUACAUCCUAUGGGCUCUGCUCUUCUCCUUCCUGGCGGUGUCGCUGGUGCGAGUGUUCGCUCCGUAUGCCUGCGGGUCGGGAAUCCCGGAGAUCAAGACGAUCCUCAGCGGCUUCAUCAUCCGGGGCUACCUGGGGAAGUGGACCCUGCUGAUCAAGACAGUCACGCUGGUGCUGGCCGUGUCAUCGGGCCUGAGCCUGGGGAAGGAGGGUCCUCUGGUCCAUGUGGCGUGUUGCUGCGGAAACCUCUUCUGCAGCCUUUUCUCCAAGUACAGCAAGAACGAGGGCAAGAGGCGAGAGGUGCUGUCGGCGGCAGCGGCAGCUGGAGUGUCGGUGGCGUUCGGCGCGCCCAUCGGAGGAGUCCUGUUCAGCCUGGAAGAGGUCAGCUACUACUUCCCUCUGAAGACUCUGUGGCGCUCCUUCUUCGCCGCACUGGUCGCAGCCUUCACGCUGCGCUCUAUCAACCCAUUUGGAAACAGCCGCCUGGUGCUCUUCUAUGUGGAGUACCACACGCCGUGGUACAUGGCCGAGCUGGUGCCCUUUAUCCUGCUUGGCGUCUUCGGCGGCCUCUGGGGGACUCUCUUCAUCCGGGCCAACAUCGCCUGGUGCCGGCGGAGGAAGACCACACAGCUGGGGAAGUACCCGGUCUUGGAGGUGAUCGCCGUGACGGGGAUCACUGCCCUUCUGGCUUACCCCAACCCAUACACCCGCCGCAGCACCAGCGAGCUUAUCUCAGAGCUCUUCAAUGACUGUGGCGCGCUCGAGUCAUCGCAGCUCUGCGAUUACGUCAACAACCCCAACAUGAGCCGGCCGGUGGACGACAUCCCGGACCGCCCGGCGGGACCUGGUGUCUACAACGCCCUGUGGCAGCUCACCCUCGCACUCAUCUUCAAGAUCGUUAUCACCAUCUUCACCUUCGGCAUGAAGAUCCCCUCGGGUCUCUUCAUCCCCAGCAUGGCGGUCGGGGCCAUCGCCGGGCGGAUCGUCGGGAUCGCCGUGGAGCAGAUGGCCUACCAUCACCACGACUGGAUCAUCUUCAAGAACUGGUGCCGGCCCGGCGCCGACUGCGUCACGCCAGGACUGUACGCCAUGGUGGGAGCCGCCGCCUGCCUGGGCGGUGUAACGAGGAUGACCGUCUCGCUGGUGGUCAUCAUGUUUGAGCUCACCGGCGGCUUGGAGUACAUCGUCCCCCUGAUGGCCGCCGCUGUCACCAGCAAGUGGGUGGCAGAUGCAUUCGGUAAGGAGGGCAUCUACGAGUCACACAUCCUGCUAAACGGCUACCCGUACCUGGACGUGCGGGACGAGUUCACCCACCGCACGCUCGCCACCGACGUGAUGCGUCCCCGCAGGAACGACCCGCCACUGGCUGUCCUCACGCAGGACUCCACGACAGUAGAGGAUGUGGAGACGCUGAUCAAAGACACGGACUACAACGGUUUCCCCGUGGUCGUGUCCAGAGAGUCAGAGAGGCUCAUCGGCUUCGUCCAGCGCAGAGACCUCACGCUCGCCAUCAAGAACGCCCGUCAGAAGCAGGACGGCGUGGUGAGCAGCUCAGUGGUCUACUUCACCGAGGACGCACCGCAGCUGCCGGCGAGCAACCCACAGCCGCUUAAGCUGCGACGCAUCCUCAACCUCAGCCCAUUCACCGUCACCGACCACACGCCCAUGGAGACCGUGGUGGACAUCUUCCGCAAGCUUGGUCUGCGCCAGUGUCUGGUCACCAGGAGCGGGCGUCUCCUGGGCAUCAUCACCAAGAAGGACGUUUUGCGUCACAUGGCCCAGAUGAUGAACCAGGAUCCAGAGUCCAUCAUGUUCAACUAGCGUGAGAGACGGGUUUACUGCCCUGAUGGUGUAAAUAUGUCAAACUGGAAAGAUGACGCCACGCUGCUCUGCUACCUGUGAAAAGCCCCUCCCACCUCC